GGAGGUAGGAGGCGGAGACGGGAGCGCGGUUGCCCCGCGGCCGUGUCCGCUGCGGGCCGGGCCGCGGCUGCCGGUGCGCGAGCGGUCGGGGCGCCCGGUAACCCCCACCGCCCGCUGAGCUCGCGGCUGGGCACACGGCUUCCCGCCGGACCGGUCUGCCGGCCGCCGCGAUCCCUCGGCGGCGAUUUCCCUCCCGGCCCGCCGGUCGCGCUCGGGCUGCCUCAGGCCCCCUUCCCGGCGGCGGCAUGGCGUGCGGGGGAGGCGGGAGGGGCGGCUUUGUGGCGGCCGCGCCUCGCCGUGCGCCGGCGGAGGGGACUCCGCUACCUUUUGUUUUUGCCCGGCCAGCGCCGCUGCCCACUGAGCCCCCCUCCCCUCGCCGCGGGAGCGAGGGGCCGAGGCCCCGCCGCGCAUCUGGCGGGCCCCCACCACGCCCACGGCCCCUAGCUGGGCCGGGAGCCGGGCAGCGGGGCGAGAGCGGCCCGGCCGCCGCCGUUGUUGUUGAAACCGAAAUUUCCUUAAAGGUCUGGCGGUGUUUUUCAUGGAUAAGGAGUGUAGGGGCGAGGCCCCGGGAUGUGGUGAGAGCACCCGGGUGACCGUGCGGGCAGCCCGAUCCGGGCACGGCGCUUCGGGGAGGGAAUAAGGCAGUGGUCUGCGGGAGGGCGCUGGCUAAAAGCUGCCAGCCAGCGGGCAGGUCCAGGUGUGCGGCCUCCCCUCCCCAUGGGCACGGGAGCCUGCCACGGAAAUCCCAGCCAAGAUGAUUAACAAUAAAGUUGCUAAAUAACUGGGGGUUAUCUUGCUCGAUUUGAAAACAAGGGAUCACGGUAGAUGAGGUAUCUGUCGAGGGGAUGCAAGCUAGGUUCAAGGAAGACUUUGAGGCUAUUUGUGUAAAUAGGAAGGUUUCCCCCUCAUGCCCUGCACUGGCUGCUGUUGCAUCAUUGAAGGACAUGAAAUCAGGAAGUGAGAUCGAUCGGCUGGCACAGCCGAGCAGCAUCGACGGCUUAUCCCGUAACACACAUGGCAGAUGGAUGGUGAUAGCUCCACAACGGAUGCUUCUCAGUUAGGAAUUGCUGGAGAUUACAUUGGUGGCAGUCACUAUGUGAUACAGCCUCACGAUGACACAGAGGACAGCAUGAACGAUCAUGAAGAUACAAAUGGCUCAAAAGAGAGUUUUAGAGAACAAGAUAUAUAUCUUCCAAUUGCAAAUGUGGCAAGGAUAAUGAAAAAUGCCAUACCCCAAACAGGAAAGAUUGCUAAGGAUGCAAAGGAAUGCGUGCAAGAGUGUGUAAGUGAAUUCAUCAGCUUUAUAACGUCGGAAGCAAGUGAGAGGUGUCAUCAAGAGAAAAGAAAGACCAUCAAUGGAGAGGAUAUUCUCUUUGCCAUGUCUACCUUGGGGUUUGAUAGCUAUGUUGAACCUUUGAAGUUAUACCUCCAGAAAUUCAGAGAGGCAAUGAAAGGAGAAAAGGGAAUUGGAGGAACAGUUACAACUGGAGACGGUCUAAGUGAGGAGCUCACAGAGGAAGCAUUUACUAACCAGUUGCCAGCAGGCUUAAUAACUACAGACGGCCAACAGCAGAAUGUUAUGGUCUACACAACAUCGUACCAACAGAUCUCUGGUGUUCAGCAAAUUCAGUUCUCAUGAUUUGAAGAAAACUUUGGAUCUGGGAACACGAGACGGAAAAGCUGUGCAACUCUAACAAAGAGGCAGUUUUAAUGACUGGUGAAGAGAUUUAUCUCUUUGUAUAUUAAAUAGCUGUAAUGUAGCUACCAGAAGCUUGACUAAUUGAGGUGUGAAUUCUGACUCAAAUCUUUUUCAUGAUGAUUUUAAAAAAAAUUGGAUUUUAAAGGUAUUAAAGUAUUUUUGUUUUGUACAAGAGUUUGUUGCUCUGUAUAACUCCUGUAUGCAUUGUAUAUUGCAAUUUAUUACUGUCAGAGAUUUGUAGACAGUUUCUUAUUUUCAUAUUAAAUCAUGUUACUUUUGUAAUUCAGGUAAACAGCUGGGUUAUUUCAUGUUUACCCUUUGAAUAAAAUUGUAAGGGUAAAGUUCAUUUUUGAAUGCAAGUUGCCUUUAUUAUAAAGAUUGAGUUGGUCUUGGUUAUGUAACUUGUCUUGCAUGACAACCUCAACUAACUUUACAUGUCAGCAUAUUUAUUGAAAUUUUGAAAGGGACUUUUUCCUCAUGAAACAAGCAGCUCAAAAGAAUUACUACAACUGUGGGGUUUUUUUUUAAUGUAACUUGAGAAUUAAAAGUUAAUCAAAACCGACCAAGGCUCUACUACAUUCAGAGACUUAGAGCUUAUCAACAGUGUUGAUGAAAACACUGUGUGUGAUGCAGGUCUUCAUUUCACUUUUUUUUCAGUUAGGUUACCUCUCCUUAGAGUUACUUUGAUAUAUUUGAGGUAGUCUUUGUGCUACUGAAAUAACUCUUUUUUUGUGUACGGUUUUUAGAAUCCAAAACUUAGCCAUUUGAGGGGGAGGGGGAUUUUAUAGUCCUUGUGGUAAAAGAUCUCAUUUUAACUUUUUACUGAAAUGUUUUAAGGUUUCUUGUGAGACUGUGGGAACUCAACUGUGUUAGCAACUUUCUGUGUACAGGCUGCGUGCGUGCGUGUGUGUGCGAGUGACUGAAACUCAAGUGAUACAAAUAUGAAAUGGGAGACAGACUUACAGUUUGCUGUCUCUUUCCUGGUUUUGCAAUAAACUCUACCUAGAUAAUGUAGUUAUGUAUAUUUAGUGAGCUGUUCUUAGUAACAUUGCUGGUUCAUUAAGUCGGGUGGGUAAUUUUGUUAGAUGCAAUGUCUUAGCCUGUUAGGAUAGGGGUGGUGGGUUUAGUAAUAUAUCUUCUUCUGACUGAAUUUUGGGACCUUUGAUAUUUUUACUGUUUGCAGUGGACUGAAAUGUAAUAUAAUAAUCUUUUCACAUACUGUCAUUAAUUUAAGCAAACUACACCUUGAAUCUGUUGCCAUAUAAUUUCUUGCUAGUUUUGUUCUUUUUUUUUUUUUAAAGUUACAGUUUAAUAUUGGGAAAAUAGUUUAAGACAUCCCGGAAGCCUGAAAUAGCCAGUUCUUUGCUAAAAAAAAUUUUAUGUAUGUGCAGAUUUGAACAGUGUUUGUCACAAAUCAGCACCAUGCUGGCAGAGCCUCUGGAGGGGACCCAGUGUAUUUUGUGGUGAUCUGGGCAGAUGUUCUGGGGUUUGUGGCAGUCUGUCAAUCUUCAGCAGCCAUGACUGAACAAAUGGAGUUUUUCAUUAAAUGUACAAAUGAAUAACACAAUCACUACA